AUGAAGUCAGGGGGAAGUGGUUCUAGGGAAGUUGCUGAGGGGUUGGUUCAUCUGAGCACACAGAGAGAUGAACAUGUUUCAUCCACUGAAGAGACCUUAGCUGAUCUACUGAAAAAGGUUGGGGCAAGCUAUGCCCCAAAGAAAUGCAGAACUCCCACAACAAAAGCUCCAAAUGUUCCUAAGCCUUCCAAGAAAAGAAAAGCUUCAUCUCCAACACCUACUGCCUCCUCAUUGACAAGGGAAGAAAGUAAGAAAAAGAAAAAGGAUAACGGAAAGGGAAAGAUUGCAGAAUCCUCAGAGGCUGUUGAGGAAGAGGAUAUGGAACUGGUCCAUCAAGAAAGGGGUACAAGAGUGGAGGUUCCUACACCCAAGCCUAAAAAGCCCAAGACCUCUUCCAAUAAGUCUUCCUCUGUGCAUGUGGCUGUUGAACCCACACUAGCCAAGAGGACAAGAUCUGCAGUGAAAACCAAACAAUCAAAAGUUUCUGAUGAUGAUGACUGGAGUGGAGAAGAAGAAUAA